CAGGGAGGCAGGCAGCAAGGCGCGCAGGCGCACCUCCCUCCGUCUGCCGCUGCCUCUGGUGCCUGUGCUGCUGCUGCCGCCGCCGCCGAGCGCAGUUGCCGGGGAGUUGAUGGCCGGACCCGAGCCCAAGAUGCGGAGGAGCCCGGAGCGGGAGGAGGACGCCGGCAGCGGCUGCGGGAGCCUCAGGAUCCCCCAGCGGGGCUGGGACGGGCGUCGUGGGGCUCCCUCUUCAGGGGCCAGCUCCUGACCUGCCUGCCGCCCCUUCCUCCUCCUCCUCCUCUCCCCACACCCUCCUCCUCCUCCUCCAGCCCCCCGAAGCAUGUCCGCCACGUCCAAGGGGACCCCCACCACCACCGCCACCACCUCCUCCUCCUCGGCCGCUUCCUCCUCGGUCUCCUCCUCGCCCGCCGAAGGGCUGCCGGCGGCCGGCUCCAAAGCCCAGGUGAAGGAGCAGAUCAAGAUCAUCGUCGACGACUUGGAGCUAGUCCUGGGGGACCUGAAGGACGUGGCCAAGGAGCUCAAGGAGGUGGUUGACCAGAUUGAUACACUGACUUCUGACCUGCAGUUGGAGGAUGAGAUGACUGACAGUUCAAAAACAGACACAUUGAACAGCAGCUCAAGUAGCACAACGGCAUCAAGUUUGGAAAAAAUCAAGGUGCGAGCCAACGCACCACUCAUCAAGCCCCCAUCCCACCCAUCUGCCAUUCUCACAGUACUGAGGAAACCCAAUCCACCACCCCCUCCUCCACGGUUGACUCCUGUGAAGUGUGAAGACUCUCACCGGCCAGUGAUCCCUCCCAACCCUGUAAAGACUAAUGGGACACUACUACGAAAUGGAGGAUUACCAGGUGGACCAAAUAAAAUUCCAAAUGGAGAUAUAUGUUGUAUACCUAACAGUAACUUGGACAAAGUUCCAAUGCAACCUCUGAUGCACAGAGCUGAAAAAGACAGGUGUCCUCAGCCUGGAACACGGGAACGGGUACGAUUUAAUGAAAAGGUGCAGUACCAUGGCUAUUGUGCGGAUUGUGAUGUUCGAUAUAAUAUUAAAAACAAGGAGGUUCACUUGCACAGUGAACCUGCCCACGGGCCAGGAAAGCUGCCUCACCAAUGUCCCCCUUUACCGCCACCUCCACCUCCACUUCCUCCUUUUCCAUUAGAAAAUGGAGGGAUGGGAAUAAGUCCCAGUAGUAGCUUUCCCCCUCUUAGACCUGCAACUGUGCCUCCACAAACUGCACCAAAACCCCAGAAGACUAUCUUGAGAAAAUCAACCACUACAACAGUGUGAUAUUAUCCCAUUUGGAAAACUGUUUUCCCCCCUCUUAUGUAUAAACAUAAAAAAGGUAAUGAGCACUUUCUACUCAAGCAAUAAAAAGCCCAAUAUAUUGCACCCUUUCUACUAUGAAGUGGCAUAAAAAUCUCAUGUUCCUUCAGGCUGGAAGGCAUGUCAACAUUUGGAGACAUAUUAACUAGUUUCCCUCAUGAAAGAUUCGACACUGCAACUUUUUUCAGGCCAUAUUUCAUUUAUAACAGCAGGAACCUUCUUCAGAGCUUGGAAGCCCUUGAGCCAGAGCACAGCCAAUCACUGGCGUAAUCUGCAUUAAACAACAGCUAUGAGCCAAGGCCUGACAAAAGCCACAGCCUUAAGUACCCUUCAUUCUGACAGAAGAAGAAAGAAGAAUUAUUUUCUUGCUCCAUCACAGUAACAGCCAUCUCCAAAGCUUGCCAUUAAAGGAGCUCAAUAGCCUGUCAAAAUCAUGUGGUCCAGCCAGUGUUAAAAAUAAAUAAUCUAGCUAAAUGAAAGUUUGAAGCACUUAAAUCACUGCAGGAAAAUCAAUACAAUUACUCCCCUUCAAAAAGGUUAUCAUUUUGGAUGAAGAGAGAAGAUCACUGUUGUCCCUUUUGUAAAUUCAAAGCCAUAGAAGAAAAGAAGGCAAAUGGUUCUAAAAUGUUUGGAAAGAGGUUGUUUCUUGUCUUCUGCCAAAAUAAUUCAGCUUUGAUAGAUUGCAUCUCAAUGCACUUCUAAUAUUUGCACUGUCACUUCCAUUCAGGGGAAUGAUGUAGGCCAUCAUUUGCACAGAUGGCCACAUGAAAUUUUAGCCCACAAGAAAAUGUAUUUUAAUGGGCUUCUAGAAGAAAUUGAAUAGAAUCCGUCAACAAAAAUGAAGAAGGCUCUUCUACCCUUUCACAGUUGGAAUAUUUCUCAUGAAAAAAAAUUGUUGCUCCUUAAGACUAUUUUUUUUAAAGGAAAAAAAAACAAAACAUCCACAGGCCAUCCUGGAUUUUAGAGUGGAUCUAAUUUUUAAUACAUUUUUUGUAUCAUUGUAACAACAAAUAAAUUGAGCCGAAUAACUCACAUGUUCCUAAUGGACAUUGAUAAUGUCCUACCAGUUAAUAUAAGGAAGGGAAAAACAUUUGUACUACAUAUUUGACACAUAACAUUUUUAUAGCCAGUAAUCUGUCCUUCAUGGGAAAUGUGCCAGCUAAACAGGCAUUUUCAUUUUAUUUUUCUAAAUAAAUGUGGUAUUUGUAUCAUUUGCAGUCACUUAAUUUUGCUGGUUUUCAUUGUAAGCCCAUGUUCUGCCCCUUCACUCUCCUUCACUAAAAACGGAGGUUUUGAGACAAGAACCAAAACAUUUGUUUUGCCACGUUAAAUCAUAAUGAUUUGCAGACUGAAAGCUUUAAUAUAAGAUGUUGUUUGUAGAAUUAUAAAAUAUAUUUCUACUGGAAAAUAUGUAUGGAAACCCAGAAAGGCUGUAUUUUAAUCUUUAAUUUCAAUACAUAGGUUAUUUUUAAUAUUCUCCCAGAAAUAUUUAGUUAACGUAGUUUGCUUAAAAGUUGUAGCAGAGGAUCUUGAUUCAGAUGUUUACAAACUGUCAACAAUAACAACCACAUCAGAAAUUAUGAGACUGCAUGUACAUAACACAGGUCACAAUCCAACACUAGGCCUCUGCAUGUUUCAAAGAACUCUAGAAGGCCCGUACAUACUGCAGUUAAUACUAAUAAACAGGCUGGAAGAGCAGUACACAUAUGAUCCAACUACAUUCUAGGACUAAAUCUGUAGAACAGGACAUUGUGUUGCAGCAGGAGACAUUCUUCCAGUGUAUUUCAGUAGAGCAUCUAGUCAUCUGUGCCAAUCAUUCUGCAUAGUCCAUUUCUGUCCAUAACACAAAGUAGAAGUUACGAUGGAUGUGGAAAGUGAUGGGUAGUAGCGGUGAAAUAGUUUAAUGGGUCCAGUAACUGCAUGUUACCUGUUGGCUUGAUCCAACAUACAAGCACUGACUCCUUUUAGAACUUACAAAAAAUUAUCUUUUGGAUUACAGUUUUUAGAAGCUGCAAGCCUGUAUGGCUACUGGAUUGUGGGAACUGUAGUCCAAAAUUUAAAUUUCCCAAUACUGCUCUUCCCUAGCCUUCAGAAUACUCUUGGGGCAAUUCAGCCCCCACCCUCAGCCAGAUCUACAGCUUAGACCCAUGGAUAGUACAUAUUCAAAUCGGUGUGAUUACUACAAGGUGGCAAAUGCACAUCUACGCUCCCUGCCACCUACACAAAGAAGGGCUAGAUCAGCCAUAUGAUCUGCAUAUUAUUUUUCAUGAAGAGGAUCAGUGCUGAUGAAUAUGUAGUGGACCUGUUGUACUGAGUGAUCUCAAUUUGGAAUGCUUGCUAAAAGCAUAAUUCAAAUCCUUUGAAUAUUGCUAUGGCUAUGUUCACAAGUGAUGCUUCUUUUUCUCAUGUGUCACUCCUGAUUGUCAUCAGUGCAAUCUAGAAAUUGGAAGAGAGUCAUUUUAAAGUCAAGAUCAAUGUGGGGCUUUCAUUUGAUUUAUGGACAUUGUUCAAAUACAAGUUAUAGAAUCCAACUUCCUUAGAAGUUAAUUUUGAUACAAAAACAUUAUUCUUUGUACAUGUAUUUUAUUCUUUUAAAUACAUGUUUUGAGUCCUUAAUACUGAUUGCCAGUACAGUCUUCUCUUCACAACAAUGAGGGCUAGAAGCUUAAUUGGUUUUUAUGUGAAAUCUGGGAAUCUCAGGAUUCUAACAAGCCUUCACUAUUUACAAAACCAUAAUAUGGACUCCCUGCAUCAUCCUGGCUGUAGAUGUCAGAAAAUAAAAUAAUUGUCAUUGUGGCCUGAUUUCUAAAUUACAUGUGCUAUCAUAUGACUCUUGUGUAGCAGGGACCUAUUUCUAAAUUGUAACAUUUGGUGCUGUAAAAGAUGUCAUUGCUGGAUCUGUUGCAACCUGGAGAGUCAAAGAAUGAUAAAUUGUUUGAUAAUCUUAUUCACAAUCUGCAAACAGGAAGAGUCACUGUAUCCAUUCAAUGCAGAAUUUUGUUAUUAUCAGUUCAUAGAUUCCUUUGAUGCUAGAGUUCUUUUGAAUAAAUAUAUAUAUAUUUUCCUUUU